AUGCAUUCCCACCUCCACACCCCUUACAAUGCCAACUGCGAAGAAAUCAUGACCGCCCUAGACGAAUGCCACGCCCGCGGCUUCCUGCACAAAGCCAUCGGCAGCUGCAACGACAUCAAGCGCGACGUCAACCGGUGUCUUGCGGCGGAGCGGUACGCGCGCGCAAAGCGGAAUCGGGACCAGGCGAGGGAUAACAGGAGUCGGAUUGAGAAGAUUUGGGCGGAGGAGAGGGCUUUUGAGGGGAAUGUGCCUGCUGCGGCGGGGUCUGGGGAGGGGGAGAAGCAGUAG